AUGGCCGACAUGGCUACACGGCGCACCGAGGGCCCUCAGUUGAGCUGUUGGAAAACUGCUCCAACCACGACACCGUAUACCCCACCUUUCUCCAUCACCCCUUGCGAGGACUGCCAGAAAACGGAAAUAUACAUUACUCACCUCAAAGCAGACAUCAGACGGCUUUCGGACGAACUACGGAAAAAAGAGUCUCUUCUUACUGACUUCAUUGACACUGCAGCCAUGCAGUCUAAAAUCAUCUCCACCAUGGAUUCAGCCAUGGCCGACACCACCCUCUGGGACCCUCCUUCAUUAUGCCACCGGCCCUCCUCAUGCUCAACCCCCAGCUCACAGGCCCCCUGGUCAGUGGUCGUGGGUAAUGGCAAAGGUAAAAGUGGAAGCCCCUGCGCUACCUCGCCUCCAUCUCUUCAGUUCACAAAUCGCUUUGCCACGCUGCCACCUGACGUCCCUGCUCACCCUGCUGAUGUCCCCAUGGCCGAUGCUGUUUCUGUUGUUGGCGCUCCUACUACUUCUCCUCAGACGGCUCCUCCGGUGGCAGCUGUGACGAUGGCUCUUCCAUCUGCAGCUGCUGUGUGGUCCAGGACUGGAGCCAGGCCCAAGGUUUCAGGCCCCAACUCUCCAGCAAAUCGGCCCACACACCUGCCGUACGGGACGGAUGUGGUCCGUGGUGAACAUCCGACCUCCCCGAUGGCCGCAUCUGAUCCUACUGCCCCCUCUGUGUUGAUCAGACAGCGUGGGAGAUCCUCCUCCUCCUCUUUCCCCCGUAGACUGCUCGUGGUGGUCUCCCCCGUCCCCAGCCACCAGGGUUGGACUACAGCCCUGUUUCAGGAGCCCCAGCGGCCGCAGCUGAGGUCCCAUCCUCCGCUGCUAUUGCUGCUCCUGCUGUUCCUGUCCCUUAUCUCACUCCCGUGA